AUGGCUCCCGAGUGCAAUGAUUGUUUACAUACAGAUCUUGUAAAGCUUGCUCGUGAUAAUUUUCUGUGGCAACUCAUUGACCAACCGACAAGAGGGGACAACAUACUGCUUACUAACUUUCCCGAUAAAGUGAAGCAAUUAGAAAUAUUCGAUGAUGUAAUAAACUCAGACCACCAGUUGUUUGAAUUUGUGCUCAAUUUUAAUAUCAACAAGAAACCACCCAUAAAGAGGAAAGUUUAUAAUUUCAAAACAGUUAAUUGGGAUGCCCUUAGGUCAACAAUUGAGCAUACCCCAUGGGACAUUACAAUGGAUGAUAGUUGUAUCGAUAGUUGUUUCAAAACAGUUAAUUGGGAUGCCCUUAGAUCAACAAUUGAGCAUACCCCAUGGGACAUUACAAUGGAUGAUAGUUGUAUCGACACAAGUCUGUCAAAUCGGAUGGAUUUAUUUUUCAGUAUUGUUAAUGAACACAUACUCCAAACUACCAUCAAAGAUAACAAUACUCGGCCUUGGAUUGAUAAAGAUGUUAUUCAUAUCUUUCAACAAAACAAUAAGUUAAGAAGAAUUGCAAAAGAAUCGGGCCAACAAAAGCACUUAGAAAAUUAUAAUUCUAAGCGGAAAGAGGCCAAAUUAAUUUUGAAUAACAAGUACAAUGAUUAUUUAAAUUAUAUAAAACUGCCAUUCAAGGACAAUACAAAGAAAUUUUGGAGUUUUGUUAAAGCUAUUACCAAAUCAUCCUCGAUUUCUAAAGUACGGUAAAGAUUUCUCGUCCUGCAGUGUAGUCAAAUCGAACAUGUUUAUUAAUUUCUUUCAGUCCGUGUUUUUACAAAAUAAUUUUGAUAUACGCAAUGACUCCCAAAAUUAUUCUGAAGAUGAGUUUUCCCUGAACGAGAUUGUUUUGACAGAAAGUGAAGUUCACGCUUGCCUAUCUGCAUUGGACCCUAACAAAGCAUCUGGCCCAGACAAUAUUCCUGCAAGAAUCCUGACACUAACUGCCGACCAAAUUUCACCUCCUAUAUGUAAUCUUUUUAACCUGUCCUUAAAAUUAGGGGUUAUGCCAACUGCAUGGAAGGAAGGCACAUGUGACACCUGUCUUUAAAGACGGAAAUGCUGCUUGUGUGGAAAAAUACAGACCGAUCUCUUUAUUAUGCAUCCUCUUGAAAGUACUGGAAAAUGUGUUCAUAACCACAUCUAUAAUUUCACAGAAGACAAAGAUAGAGCGAGUGCAGAGACGAGCCACUAGAUGGAUUUUGAAAGCUAGGAAGGGUGACUCCAGCUACAAUGAGCGUCUUGUUGAUCUGAACUUACUACCUUUGUGUUACGAUAGAAAGAUAAAAGAUCUAAUGUUAUUCUACAAGGCUCUUUAUGGUAUUUCCGAUCUCAAUGUUCAUGACUAUGUCUCGUUUGUAACCCAUAACCACUCCCGUCUAUGUUGUAAUCCCAACCUGUUGCUCAAGACUCCAUUGUGUAAAACCACAACAUAUCAGAACUCAUAUUUCAACCGGAUCAUGAAAUUAUGGAACAGUGUUUGUAAAGUAGCUCCACCAAAUACAUUCUCUAGUGUCAAAACAUUUAAAUAAUACCUCUUUAAUCAUUAUUCUAUGUUAGUAUCAACCGUAUUCGAUGUAAACUUGUUAUGUACUUGGUCUAUGUCACAUGCCUGUCCUUGUCAUAGGAGUUAAUUGUCUCACUGUAUAAACUUGUUAUUAGUAUUUACAUAGUAAACUAUAUCUACAUGUAUUCUGUUGGAAAGGUGCCUUGCAUGGAUAGCACAAAUUAUUUACGUUCCGUUCGCACCUCUUCCAUUUGGGCAAUAUUUGUUCUGUGCAUGCAUAGUAUUAGUACGUCUUUUGUAAAUAAUUAUUAUAUUUACCCAAUAAAGUAUAAAGUACUUUAAAGUACUUUAGUACUUUUAUAUCUUCUAGAAUCAACAAACUGCAACAUGGCUUCCAACGUCAGAAAAAUUGUACUACGCCACUAAUUCAGGUUUAUCAUAAUAUUUUGGAAGCCUUGGAUAAAUGUAACAAGAUCGAUAUCAUCUAUCUAGAUUUCACUAAAGCCUUUGACAAAGUGUCACAUCCCUUGUUGUUACAAAAACUGGGAGAGUUUGGAUUUUGUGGCGAUUAUUGUGGCUUGGAAGCUAUUUGUCUGGCCGAAAGCAAAGGGUUUGUUUUAGAAGGACAACAUUCAGAUUGGUUGGAUGUUUCCUCGGGAGUUCCACAAGGCUCAAUCUUAGGACCUUUAUUAUUUUCAAUAUUCAUAAACGACUUGCCAAACCAAAUAGCGUCUCUCUCCCUAAUGGUCUUUAUGCCGAUGACAGCAAAAUGUUUAGAGUAA